UUCGCUUCACUUCACUUCACCUCAAUUCAAUUCAAUUCAAUUCAAUUCAAUUCAAUUCAAUUCAAUUCAAUUCAAAAGCCCAAAAACAGCUUUUGGCAAUUACAUUCAAGAAUGUCAGCUACUCCAGCGACUGAUUCGACUCCCAACGACAAAAGCAGCAGCAGCGACCAGAGCCAGCUGCUGCGCUUUAUCAGCACACUCCCCGCGCAGCCACCCAACACACUGCGGCUCUUCGAGCGCCCCGAGUACUUCACAGCCAUCGGCGCCGACGCCACCUACAUAGCAACGACGGUUUUCAAAACCACCUCGGUGCUCAAACGCCUCGGCACCCAUCCGACAUGCACGCUCUCGCGGACCAUCUGCGAGUCAUUCCUCCGCGACGCCCUCCUAUCGCAAGGCCAACGCGUGGAAAUAUACCGCGCACCCAACCAGCAGCAGCAGGCGGGGGAGUGGCAAUAUGCUGUUUGCCAACGGGACAUGGUGGAUGCGCCGCUGAUGGCCGUGCAUGUGUCGGGAUCUGGCGAAAUCGGCGUUGGCUUCGUUGACCCAGCCCAGCGCACGCUGGGCGUCUGCGUGUUUACGGACUCGGACGUGUUCUCCAACCUCGAGGCCCUGGUGAUCCAACUGGGCGUGCGCGAAUGCCUCGUCGUCGAGGAGCGCACUGCCAGUGCUGCGCGCCGGCGGCUCGCAUCCAUGCUGGCCCGCUGCAACGUUGUCCUGACGGCGUGCGAGCGCGCGCUGUUUUCGGCCAAAAACAUCGAGCAGGACCUCGCCCGGCUGCUGAACACCACGGCGCCGGUGGCUGCGCUGCCGGAGCUUCUGCUGACGCUGGCGCUCGGCCCGCUGGCUUGCGCGCUCCAGUACCUCGGGCUUCUCUCGGACGACUCCGCGCACGGGACGUACGCCAUCCGCACCCAUUCCUUGGCGCAGUUCAUGAAGCUGGAUGCUUCGGCGCUGGAUGCGCUUAAUUUGCUGCACCGGCCGCAGAUGCCGCGCAAUAUGAGUCUCCAGGGGCUGCUUGAUCGCUGCCGGACGGCGCAGGGGCGUAGGCUGCUGGCGCAGUGGCUGAAGCAGCCGCUGGUUGACCGCGAGCUGAUUGAGCGGAGGCUGGACCUUGUGGAGGUGUUUUUUGUUGACGCUGAGCGGAGAAAUGCACUGAGGCAGACGCACUGCGGGCUGCAGGGCGGCGCGCGUGCGUCCCUGCAGGAUAUCGUGCGGGUCUACCAGCUCGUCAAUGCGCUGCCGGCGCUCGGCGACGCACUAUCACACGCUGCCGCUGGCAGUGAGCAGCAGGAUGCAAGGGAGGCGAUGAUAGCCGACAGCCUGGGGCCGCUGCGGGAUUUGGUCGAAACCACGGUGGAUCUGGAAAUGGCCGACCAGCAUGAAUUCAUGCUGCGCGCGGACUUUGACGAGGCGCUGCAGGAUACGCGUGCGCAGAUGGACUCGGCGAUGGAUCUGAUUCUCGCGCAGCUCCAGCAGGUGUCGGAUGCCUUGGACCUGGAGGCCUACAAGAAAGUCAAGUUGGAGAAACACGCGUCCUUUGGCUACUGCCUGCGGGUAUCGCGCGUGGACGCGGCGAGGCUGCGCGGGAAGUCCCGGUUCUUUGAGCUGGCCACGCUCAAGACUGGAGUGUUCUUCACUACGGCGGCGCUGAGGGAUGCUGCGCGCGCGUGGGCGGAGCAGGCGGAUGCCUAUGCGAAGACCCAGGCGGAGCUUGUCCGCGAGGUGGUCCGCGUGGCAGCGUCGUAUUGCCCGCUACUGGCGCAGCUCAACGCCUUGGUGGCGCACCUCGACGUUGUCUUGGCGUUUGCCGAGGCAUCGGCUUCGGCGCCGGUGCCGUAUACGAGGCCACGGGUGGGCGCCGAGGUGCUGCGUCUGGUGGACGCCCGCCAUCCCUGCUUGGAAGUCCAAGACGGGGUGAGUUUCAUCGCGAAUGGCGUUGAGAUGGCGCGUGGAAGGUCCGACUUUGCCAUCAUUACUGGCCCGAAUAUGGGCGGCAAGUCGACGUACAUUCGGCAGAUCGGCGUUAUUGCCUUGAUGGCGCAGAUCGGCUGCUUUGUGCCCUGUGAGAGCGCGGAGCUGCCGUUGUUUGAUUGCAUUUUGGCGCGCGUCGGUGCCGGGGAUGCGCAGAUGAAGGGCGUGUCGACGUUUAUGGCGGAGAUGCUUGAGACUGCGUCGAUUCUGAAGACUGCCUCGGAACGGUCUUUGGUUAUCAUUGAUGAGUUGGGCCGCGGAACCAGUACGUGCUUGUGCUUGUUUGCGACCCAUUUCCAUGAGCUGACCGAGCUGCAGAGGGAGUUUGCGAACGUGGAUAACCUGCAUGUGAUUGCCAAAAUUUCGGAGGGCGCGAAGGACUUGACUUUGCUGUACCGCAUUGGCAAAGGCGUGUGUGACCAGAGUUUUGGUAUUCAUGUGGCAGAGCUGGCUAAUUUCCCAGAGUCUGUCGUGAGAUUGGCCAAGAGGAAGACUGAGGGGCUGGAUACCAUGCAUCCUGAGCAGAUCGCUGCCAGGGUUAAUGAGCUUGAGGCAAAAUAUCGGACUGAAAUAUCCGCCAACCCAUGGGUCCAAAGCAUCAUAUCCACACUUUAAUUUAUA